AUGUCCCAGAUGAGUUUGCACCAUGGCCAUGACUUUCGGUGUUGUGUGUGGGUUGAUCUUGUUGGUGACAGCGUGGAUAGAGUACUGGCAGUGCCGAGUAGGAAUCUGGAGGAACAACCCUUGUCUUUGGAGUACAAGAAUUACAACAGGACUGCCGAGGCUACCGCUGCAACACCUAGCUCUAGGACUGACAUUAAGAUGUCUGGAGCUUGUGCAGAACCGAUGUCUGUUCGGGAUGACUUUCAAAAUCGGUAUUGA